CACCAGACACCAGACACCAGACACCAGACACACGACCACCACAACGCACCACACCACAACACACAACAACACCGCAACCGCGCAAACGGACAGGGUUGCUGAAAUUUAUGCAUGUCAUUCCAUAUUUCUCCCUAUCCACCACGGCCACAACAACGAGAAAAGCGCCAACCAACCAACCAACCAACCUUCCUCGCAACAUCCAGCGAGCAGCAGCCACCCACCACUCGCACCCCCUUCUUGUGUGAUCAGUGCCGGGACGAUCACCCGCUUGUUGUCGUUGUUGCUGUUCAUUUAACGCUUGCGCAAACAGCCAGCCAUGUCGGGAGCCGUCUAUGGUGGAGAUGAGGUUGGCGCCGUUGUACUUGACAUCGGCUCUUACACCUUCAAGGCUGGCUUUGCCGGCGAGGACACACCAAAGAGCGUCGUGCCAACGACCGUUGGCUAUGACCCAGCGGCAGAGCAAAGCGCGAGCGACAUGGACACUUCCGAAGACUCAACAAAGAAGCGACCACUGUACAGCGUGGGCACGUCUCGCAUCACGUUUCCCAAGACAGGUCGUGAACUCAAGAACCCCAUCAAGAACGGGCUCGUUGACGACUGGGAUGUGAUUGAGACGCUGCUGGAGCACACAUACACCUCCUCCCUCAACUGCGACCCGAAAGACCGCCCCCUCAUGCUCGUCGAGCCCGCGUGGAACACAAAAGCCGACCGCCAACGCAUGACGGAGAUCGUGUUUGAGAAGUUCAAUGUCCCCGCAUUCUUCAUGGUCAAAUCACCCGUCGUCAGCAGCUUUGCGAAUGGGCGCGGCACGUCGCUAGUGGUUGAUUCCGGUGCGGAGUACACCACCGUCGCCCCCGUCUACGACGGUUACGUCCUCACGCAAGGUGUACGUCGCAGCAAGCUUGCCGGCAACUUUAUCACAGACCAGUUUGAGAAGCUCUUCAAGGACCUUGGCAUCGACCCCGUGCCAAGCACCAUGAUUGGCGACAAGACGGCGGUGGAGGAGGAGGAGCUACCCAGGUGGAAGAAAAAGGCGUCGUUCCCGGACGUCACAGACUCGUACAUGCGAUACAUGAAGCGGGAGGUCAUCCGCGACUUUCAAAUGUCCGUGUGCCGCGUCAGCGACCAGGCAUACAACGAGCAGGUGCUUGCAAGCAUACCGACAACGCACUACGAAUUCCCUUCAGGAUACAACAAGAACUGGGGCAUUGAGAGGUACAAGAUCACGGAAUCGCUGUUCAACCCGCAGGAGUAUUCGCUCGUCGAUGUCGUUGACGAAGAGAUCACGCCCCCAAAACAGGACCUGGAGCAGAAGCCCGCUGCCAAAGCGGACAAUUCCACCACCUUCAGCCGCCUCACACCGGCCCUCUUCUCCCGCCAGGCGCCCACAAACAACACCCCCGCAUACGCGACGCACUCGAUUGGGGUGCAGCAUCUCAUCUCGGAGGCCAUCACCGCAUGCGAUGUCGACGCACAGCCGUUGCAAAGGGGGCAGGAUCACGAGACACGUGGAGACGAGGAAGCGAACGUUGCAACACAAGGAAAGGCGAAUGGUGUAGAUGAACACAAACAACAACAACAACAACAACAACAACAACAACAACAACAACAACAACAACAACAACAACAACGUAACACCCACGCAGGAGUGAUAACAGGAGUGACAAUGGACACGCACGCGUGA